AUGACUGACGCCUUUCCGCUGGGAUUAUUAUGCUGCCUAGUACUCUCUGUACUGUGGCAGCCAUCAUUGGCAACCCGCGACUUCGAGAUACGUUGGCGUGAAAUAAACUGUUCGGUUAUUGAUCCCGCCACGACGGAGGCCUUUACGUGUGACAUAGUUGAGAUGCCGAAGCGGCAGGGUAAUUUCCUCAAUACCUUGCUCCUACUGCGCAGAUCUGUCCACAAGAUGUGGGUGGAACUAAGUGUCGGACAGCUACUCAAUCGACGGGAAAGAUUCGUCCAGCAAAUGUUCAAGAUCCGUGUGGAUGGGUGCCAUCUCAUUGGUUUUCGCAGCAAGAAUCGUAUUAUAAAUGCAGUUCUCAGGAAACUUUUGCAAUCUGGAAACUAUCCAGAUGCAUGUCCCCUAUUGGCGAAUGUAAACUAUACGUCCACACACUUUGCCCUCAAUCCGGAUCACUUUCCGGCCUACAUGCCGGACAUGAGAUUCAACACGAAACUGGUCUUCCAGCUGAGCAGGAACAUCACCCUGAUCCGGGCCAGUGUGGAUGCCGAGGUGAUGAGACGUUCGUAA